GCGGCUCUUCCGUGUAUGACUGCGCUGUUAUGUGCCAUACGUAAGAUGGCGGCGUGGUGGGCUGUGUGCACUUUGUAGCGGGCGCCUCUGCUCUGGCUGGAAUGGCUCAUGGUUCCGGGGUGAUGUGCGGGAGUUGUCGGGAGCAAUGAAACGGAGAGAGAGAAAUGUAGAAGCAACCGAUCCAGCAUCUACCAUUUCUUCAAUACGAUCCACUGGAAACAUUUCUGUUCGUGAAGCAAAAAUAUUCUGGCAGAAUCAGCGCAAGGAAGGGAACAUAGAUGUUAUAUUUAAGGAGGUUCAGAGCAAUCUGCAGCUUCUGUGUCAGAAAAUCAAAGAUGGUUCGGCAACAAACAAAGAUUACUUGAGAGCUCGGAUUUUAGUGAAUGAGGCAAGUUUGGAGGACUAUGAAGCCUGCCAUUCUGAUUUUGCAGAGAAACUAUCUGAAGAUGAGGACAGUUCACCAGUAAAGACAGAAGAGCCUUAUUCAAUUUCCAUCAGCAGUGAAGUAGAGGAAACUUUACGGUUUUCAGAACCGGAGCCCCAUGAUGAUGUAAUGCCCGCUUUUGCGACAAGUGUCCCUUAUGAGAAGCACAGCUGUGGGCAGAUGUGCCUCUCUAAUGUCAAUCCGUACUUUAGCAAAAGAGAGAAUCCUCUCCGAUUUCCAGUUAUGUGUCACUUCCAGAGGCGACGUGCGAAGUCCAGUCUCGGCUCAAGGCAUGACGUGAUUUACAAAGCCCCCUGUGGAAAGAGUCUCCGGGACUUUGACGAUGUGCGCUCUUACCUCUUUCAGACUAAAUGCCGCUUUUUAUCUCUAGAUCAUUUCUCGUUCAAUACUAACCUCCAGCUGGAUAGAGACCUUGUCAAGAACCAGGUCGUUUUUCAGGAAACCGAUAUAAGCAAAGAUGCAGAGCUGGUGCCGGUCCCAUUCUGCAAUGAGAUCGAUGACACCAGGCCAGCUCCUUUUACGUACAGAAAGUCGUCUUGGCCACGAGGAUACUCCAUCAAUAAUUUCACCGACCUGUUCUUAGGAUGCUGUGACUGUACUGACGGCUGCUUGGAUGUGACAAAAUGUACUUGUCUUCAGCUUACUGCCAGUGAACUUGGUACAGAUGUCACAUCACCAAAAAGAGGCCUAGCACCAGGUUAUAAAUAUAAGCGACUGCCAUCUCCUGUACCAACCGGACUAUAUGAAUGUAAUGUAUCAUGUAAAUGCAACCGCAAGAUGUGUCAAAACCGGGUUGUACAGCACGGCCUUCAGGUGCGACUCCAGGUGUUCAAAACCAGAGGAAAGGGCUGGGGGUUACGAUGCCUGGACGAUCUUGACAAAGGAACAUUCGUGUGCAUCUAUGCAGGGCGGAUUUUCAUGAAAACUGUAGGUCAGGAUUCUGUGGUGCAAGCUGAUGCAAAGGAGGCCGCUUCCAUCUCUGUUCCCAAAAAGAGAUGUUGUUCCCAUUCAGACUCGGAGAUUACGAUUUCUUCUUCGGUUUCAAGCAUCAGUCUUAAUUUUAGGAAUGCUCCACUUCUACAAGGAAGUUCCUUGACUGAACUGAAAAGCAAAGGUUUAGGCCACAUCAGAAGAGGGAAAUUGGAUUUCACGUGUAUUAAAAGACCUAAGACAAGGACUGCCAUUCUUCAGAAACGCAGACGGGAACUCAUGGAGGAGGGAGCCGUGACCAUGCAGCACAGUUCAGAUGAUGAGCCUUUCACCCCUCCUGCUUCUCCUAAGGUGCAGCACCCCGGUGGCGAUGAAGAUAACGAUGAGAGCGUCGAGCUGGUACAUACAAGGGGUAAUAUUGUGUGGAAUGAUAAAGCCGGCUAUGUAUCGGAUGAGAGUAGCUCAUCUGUCCAGUGUGCCAGUACAGAGAAUUCAGACUCUACAGAUUCAAACACAGAAGAAAUGAUUUUCUUCUUAGAUGCUUCAACUGAAGGGAACGUUGGUCGUUUCUUAAAUCACAGCUGUUCCCCGAACCUUUUUGUGCAGCAUGUUUUUGUGGAAACUCACUCCAAAAAAUUUCCAUGGGUGGCAUUUUUCACAAAAAGCUUCAUAAAAGCCGGGACUGAGUUGACUUGGAAAUACAACUAUGAUAUUGGAAGUACACCAGAAAAGGAGAUUCCUUGUUUAUGUGGACAUAACGAGUGCAAAAAUGUAAUCAUAUAGUAUAUUCUCAAAUAAAACCUCAAAAUAGUAAGAACUGGAAACCCUAACAUAGUACAUAAGGCUGAAAAAAGACAUCUGUCCAUCCAGUUCGGCCUGUUAUCCUGCAAGUUGAUCCAGGGAAAGG